AAUUCUCAUCAGCUAAAACACCAUGGAAAGGCUUCUUCAAGCUGGUUCUUCAUAUUUUUAUUACAAUGUAUGUGUUUUGGUAAUGCCUCGUACCCUAUUCCGGUGUUGGAUACGGGUAAGGGGUGUUACACAACCGAGAGAGGCAAGGUUUGUGUCUUCGAUCUGCUUCGCUGUCAAUGUAGAAAGGCAAGAUCUUUUAUCUUCAACCAGCUCCAUCACAACCGAGAGAGGCAAGGUUUGUGUCUUCGACCUGCUUCGCUAUCAAUGCAGGAAGACAGGAUCUUUUGUCUUCAACCAGCUCCAUCACAAUCGAGAGAGGCAAGGUUUGUGUCUUCGACCUGCUUCGCUGUCAAUACAGAAGGGCAAGAUCUUUUUUCUUCAACCAGCUCCAUCACAAUCGAGAGAGGCAAGGUUUGUGUCUUCGACCUGCUUCGCUGUCAAUGCAGGAAGGCAAGAUCUGUUGUCUUCAACCAGCUUCAUCACAACCGAGAGAGGCAAGGUUUGGUGCUUCAACCUGCUUCACUGUCAAUGCAGAAAGGCAAGAUCUGUUGUUUUCACUGAUCUGUUCUCUAGGGAAUAUGACCUGUAUGUUCUAUUUUAUGAAUUUAUUUAUGCAUAGUGAUUAGGAUGACAUGAUCAGAAUGAAUCAAAUGCUCCUAACUAGAUGUGUAUGAAUGCAAAAUGUCAUGAAAAUGAUUCCUUAAUGCUUAGGUUAUC